UUAAUAAUGGGGAAGCUCUUGGUGAUAAUGUUAGUUGGGAUGUUCUUGGCUUUCGAAAGCUUGGAAGCACUUGACUAUGGAGAUGCACUAAACAAGUCUAUCUUGUUCUUUGAAGGCCAACGAUCCGGUAAACUCCCGACUAACCAACGGGCUACUUGGCGAGGCGAUUCUGCCCUCUCCGACGGUUCAUCAGCUAAUGUGAAUCUGAUUGGAGGAUAUUACGAUGCUGGUGACAAUGUAAAAUUUGUGUGGCCAAUGUCAUUUACCACAACUUUGUUGAGUUGGGCUGCUAUUGAAUACCAAAAUGAGAUUUCUUCCGUUAACCAGCUCGAUUAUCUCCGGUCUGCUAUCCAAUGGGGAACCGAUUUUAUCAUCCGCGCUCACACGUCGCCCACCAUGCUAUAUACACAGGUAGGAGAUGGGAAUUCAGAUCAUAGUUGUUGGGAGAGGCCAGAAGAUAUGGACACACCAAGAACUCUCUACAGUAUCUCUUCCUCUUCCCCGGGUUCCGAAGCUGCCGGUGAAGCCGCAGCCGCUCUUGCUGCCGCCUCAAUUGUUUUCAAAUCGGUCGAUUCUACUUAUUCAUCCACGCUAUUAGACCAUGCGAAAACCCUGUUUGAAUUUGCUGAUAAGUACAGAGGUUCUUACCAAGCAUCUUGCCCCUUCUACUGCUCAUACUCAGGCUACCAGGAUGAAUUAUUAUGGGCUGCGGCAUGGCUAUACAAAGCAACAGGAGAGCAGAGUUACAAAGAUUAUCUUAUAACCAAUCAAGAUUGGAGCCAAGCUGUCAAUGAAUUCAGUUGGGACAACAAAUUCGCCGGCGCUCAGGCUUUACUCGCUUCGGAGUUUUACAACGGGGCAAAUGACUUGGCUAAAUUUAAGACCGAUGUUGAAUCGUUCGUCUGCGCAUUGAUGCCCGGAAGUAGCUCUCAACAAAUUAAACCAACUCCUGGUGGCAUUUUGUACAUUAGAGACAGUAGCAACUUACAAUAUGUCACAACAGCUACAACGGUUUUGUUCAACUACGCAAAAACUCUAUCCAAAGCACAGGUCGGCUCAAUUCAGUGCGGUUCAACCCAGUUCACCUCAUCUCAAAUUCAAGAUUUCGCCAAAUCACAGGUGGAUUAUAUCCUUGGAAACAAUCCAAUUUCAAUGUCUUACAUGGUCGGGUUUGGGUCAAAGUAUCCUACACAACCUCAUCAUAGAGGCUCAUCAUUACCAUCAACAAUAUCUAAACCGGAGAAGAUCGACUGCAAUGGAGGGUUUUCAUACUACAAUUCUGAUACACCAAACACGAAUGAGCAUACCGGCGCGAUUGUGGGCGGUCCGAAUUCAUCCGACCAGUAUAGCGACAAAAGAUCAGAUUAUUCUCACGCAGAACCCACAACUUACAUCAAUGCCGCCUUUAUUGGCCCCGUUGCUGCUCUGAUCAGUUCUUCCGGUUAAACUUGGUCGUGGGGAAACACAACAUCAGCAAAGAAGAUUCAAACUUGAAGAAUUUAAUCAGGGGAUGUAUCAUUUGCUCUAAACAUAUAUAGAUAUUUAUAUACACACUUACAUACAUAUUAUUAUAUUUUAGAAGGUCAAUUCUCAUGAA